GGCUCUGGGAAGGAAGAGGCCUGUGUUUCAUGGCAGAAGCUCUUCUAUCUCCAGUGAGCUGGUUCUGUUCUUUUGCUAGGAAGAGCUGAUCCCUUAGCCUCUACAUUUUUAGCUCAAGUGCACAGAGCUCAGUUAUUUGACCAGGGGACACCCUCUAAUCAGAGGCUCGGGUCAGAUCAACAUCUGAGGUCUGUGCUCUUGCUGUGCCACCUUAAUGCUGGCACUUCCAGGUAAGAGCAGUGUAAGCCUUUUUAACAUGUUAUUUCCACGGUGCAGCUCUUCUUAGAGGUGCUCCUGGCUUUGCUUUGGGAUCCUGCUUAUCACAGCUACCUCCAGUUUUGGGACUGUUCUUCUGCUUCCCAAGCAGGACGUGCUACAGGUCUGCUAAGAGAACGUGUGCAGUGGCACUGGUCUUGCUGGGUUAGGUGUUCCACUGACGGCAGAGCAUCACUCUGGCUCUGUUCACACAAACAUCUUUCUGCCAGAACGACAGUAAGGCUUUCCCAGGCAGAUACAGGUGUAUGAAAGCAAAGACAGUGAGUAAAACAGACAAAUGAACGACAUCAAAGACCUCUUGUCAACUGAGGUGCCAGGGACCUGUGUACGCUCAAGCCCUUGCUGGCAAGAGAAAUGGGAUGCCCUGAUGAACUGGCAGGAGGACUUUUCCCGUGCUGCAAUUGUCCCUUUGUGUCACUGAGAAAAAGGACAAGCUGAGCAAGGUGCUUGUUGUGUAGCUGCACCAGUGCUGGGACACUGCCUGCUGCUCCCAGUGACCCUUAUUCCAGUUCCCAUUACAGGACUGGUACAAAUCUUGGCAGCACAGAUAGUCUGUGUAGUGCAAUCCUCCUUGACCUUGUGGCCUUUCAGCUUGCUCCUGUGAGCUAGGCUCAUCCCCAACAUCAUGGGUGAUACUUGCAGCCUCAGCUCGUUUCCUACCUGCCCCAUAUCCCUCUUCCUUCAUGUUUGGUGUGUUCUGCUCAGGAGACUUGCACAGCAGUGGGAGGUGGUAUUCCAGGCUGGGCAGAAUUGCACUGCCAGCUCUUCACAUCCUGCAAUGGCACUACCAGUCCUUUGAGUCCGUCUGCACCAGAGAACACGUUAAACUUGUGGGACGCUCCUCUGGCCGCCUGAUGGCUAGUGCUCAGCAUGUGGGAGAAGGAUAUGGUGAUGGGUGAGGGUGCCUGGGAGAUAAGCAAGGAGCUGUUCCUAGGAGGAACUUUUUUUUUUUUUCUUCUCACUGCCUGCCUUUGCUUGCCUACCUCCCUUGCUGUUAUCUUGUGGCUCUUGUUGGAAAGUCAGGCCAGGAAAGAAACUCUCAAGGAAAGCUGUGUGCAAAGACCAGAGUGAGCAGCCUAAGCAAGACGGGGCAAAGACAAGGCGGAGUCUGCUGGUGACUCAGCAGGGGACUGGAGCAAGAGAAGUGCGGCAUACUUACUGCCUGGGCAUGUCUGAAGAAAGUGCUGGCUACACUUUCAGGUGCUGUGGCGCCGUGCUUCUUGGCAGCAGGACGGUUGCUCUGCCAGAUCAUCCAGAAGAACAGAUAGGAUCUGGCUUGGAUGUGGCUGCAGGGCUGUGUUUCUGGUGAAUUAACCAGGGCGUGCAGCAGCGGGUCUAUUCUGACUUUUUGGCAGCUGUAGGUGCUCAGGCAAUACCUGCUUUGGUGUGCUGGCGGACAGCAUGGACAAGAGGUGUCUAAUUCAGCCUAAAACUCACCAGAAAAAAAAAAAAAGUUUAUAGAUGGAUUUGGACCAGCACCACAUGUUUUAGUGAAUCAGCCUACUGCAGAAUAGGAUGUGGGGAUUUGAAUAAAUUUUUGGAAACCUUACAGCCAGAUUUGCUGUAUGACUUAGACUGCAGGUACAGGGCUCUCGGAGAUGGUCACCCCCUUCGGCACCAAGCAUGCAUCCGGAUGGGGAAGGAAGGUAUAUCUGCUCCAAAAUGAAUUGGAUUGAUCUCCAUGGCCAUCUUCAGAGAUACGCGAAGUGGUUUCCCCUCCAGAGGAAACUCCUUGUCAGACCCUCACCACGUGUUUGGAGAAGAAGCAGGUCCUCGACUUUCUCAAAUGCUAACAGGCUGCUGCUACUUGUAGAAAUGGGCUGAGUGGGCAUCUGCAUGGCUAAGCGCGUCACAGAACUAGAGCUGCGCUCAAGAGGAGAUGAAUGCCUGGCAGAGCGUGUGCUGCUUGCGCAGGAACCAGGGAUCCCAUGAGGACAGGAAAAGGGUAGGCAGUAUCAUUAAUAGUUUAGUUGUCCGUGCUGGGACUGAAACAGCAUUGCCGGAAGCUGCUCGCUCUUUACAGAUGAUGAUGACCAAGAUCUGUUGCCAGCCUGGCAAAACCACGUAAGUUGUUGCUAAAGUCCGUCCUGCCCGUACAGGGAUCUGAGCAGGUGCUCCUGGAAGGACCUGGUGCUUUGUUCAGCCGCUCCCUGCCAAAUUUACUCUAUGAUCGACCCUGCAAAUCCUUUCCUGUGAUCUUACCUCUCACAUCCCACCACCUGAGUGUGCCAGUAAAUUAAUUCCAGAAAGGUCACCAUGAUCUCUGGAUGGUGCUGCCUUUGGACUGGAGAAGGGUUGCCAAGCUGAGAGUGAGUCUUGGGGUUUCUUUCUGAAUUUGCCAGGCACAGCUGUCAGCUGCAGAGGAGCUGAAGCCUCCUUUCUUUGGAUAUGCAGAGUGGCUAACUGAAGCCCCACCGUGGUGGCUUUCAUUGCGAGUGACUGGUGCCCUCAUGCUUUCAUCUGUUACAGGUGCUGAUGCUAAGCCUGCUGGGCAGUCCCAGGGAGAUGGCGGCCAUGCAGGGGCUGGGGAUGCUCGGAGGCAUCAGAGAGGACGUGCAGAACAUCGGCGACACACCAUCACCAAUGGUGUGGACUUCAGCGUGCUGAAGCAUAUGAAGGAGCUGGAACAGGAGAAGGAUUUCCUGCUCCAGGGUGUGGAGAUGUUAGAGCGUGCCCGGGAGUGGUAUCACCAGCGCAUCCAGUUUAUGCAGGAGCGUCAGAGACUCCUGGGGAAAGACAAAACCAGCACUGACUUCCUCCCUGAUGGCAGCCAGAGCCACCUGGGGUGCCUGCUCCCUAAGCUGCAGGAUGUGAACUGCUGCCUGAGUGACCUCCUUUCUGCUGUGGGCAAGCCAAUGAACCCUUCCUCAGCUCUGAACAGGCUGGGCCCUGCAGCCCCUGUGGUGUCCCCAGCCUCAGCAGGAUCCCAGCAAGCCAUCAGUAUGCUGAAGGAGCAAAACCGGCUUCUCACCAAGGAAGUGACUGACAAGAGCGAGCGCAUCACCCAGCUGGAGCAGGAGAAAUCUGCCCUGAUCAAGCAGCUCUUUGAGGCUCGGGCCCUCAAUAACCACGAAACAAGCCAGCUGGACUCCACCUUCAUCUAGCCUCUAGCUCCCAGAGCUGCCACUGGCCCCACACUUGAGCUCUCCCAUGGCGUUUCAUGGAGCUGGGACUCUUGCCCAAAUCCCAUUGCAUCCAUUACUCCUGGUGUUGUGUCUCAAGGCCUGUGGAGGUCCAGAACUGACCAUUGUAUGUCUGCACGAGGAAGCCGGAGGAAAGCGCUUCCCUGAUCCCGCUUGGGCCAGCCUGGGAUGUCUCCCCUCUUUGCUAUGCUGCUGGGCUUGGUCAGCUGCACUACUUGCAAGCUGCUCCUUUUCUGCCUCUAAAACUGACUGCAGUGACUGUACCCCCUAUCCUGUGUCCCCCAUUGUGCUAGGUGCUACCUGCACUAUGUGGCAUUGGGGUGGGGGGCUGCUAUACCUUUGGGCUGAUUUAGGCUAAAUUCUGGCUGCUCUCUGAAAAAGAUGUAUCUUGAACACUCCAGUUGGCAUCUCCAAGCAAGCCUGGCCACCGAAGGAACAGCCUGUCCCUUGCUUAUGGCUGUGUCAGAGGACUAGAUUGAAAAUGGUAAUGGGGCAAGUGUGGCCCCUCCCUGCUGCCCGAGUUCUGCGUGCCACUGCAACCAAACUGGACUAGAGCAAUACCUGAGCUGGUGCUCCUCCUAGGCUAAUCUUGCUCUCCGUUUUGGAGUAGUGUUGACAUAGUUGCUGUUUACACAUCUGCAGUCUUCUGUAGUUAAUGAGCCAUAGACCCAAAUGAGAUCACAUGUACCUCUGAGCUGCUGUUUCAGGCUGUUUGCAGAUUCAGGCAGGCACUUCUGCAUCAACUUUGUUUGACAUGGCGCAUGUUUCCUUAUGGCUGCUAGGAUUAUAUUUUUUUGUAAUUACUUUAAAAUGAGAGGUCAUGUCCUACAGCAUGAGGACUGCUGACAGAAACCUGAUUUCAGAGGGGCUUUAGAAGUAGGGUACUCAUCUAGCUGCACAUGGGAUGGAGAGGAGGCUGAUGGGGUCUUUUCUUUGCACAUCUCUAUGUAGAGAAAUGGCAGCUUUGCCUGUCCUGGUGUUGUACCUAGGCUCCCCUGGGUGACAUCCUGGGUGUGAGCUGCACCCCUCUCCACUCUCUUGGUGUGGUGGUGGUAGUCUGUAGGCGGUAGUCUAAACAUGUGUUGCUAUUGGACUGGUGCAUCUCGAUAUUUUUUCCUUCCCCCCCAGCGCAAUGGCGAUGCUGGGGCUGAAUGGUGUCUUCCACUGUGUCUUGGUAGUUUGUAUUUAUGGUACUUGCAUAGGAAGUCCUUGUGAAUCCCCAUGUAGCACUGGCCUGGCCCUUUGUAUCCUGGCCUGGCACAGAAUAUUUCUCUCCAGGGUUGUUUCAUGCCCUGACUCUCCUAGCCCAAUGCCGUGGCACAAAGCACUGAGCUGGGCAGAGGGUACAGGGCCUGCUCUGCUCCAACAGAUUCAACUCUGGCAGGCUUUCCCACUCCUGGGAAGAUGCUGUUAGCUGUAGAGCACUGUCUGUCCAAUCCAGCUCCUCUCCCAGAGUUGAUCUUGAAAAAGAAAAUUAUUUCUUGACCUGCAGCUGACUGCAACAGAUGCUGUCCCUGCUCUUCCCUGGUAUCUGCUGCCUCUGCCAGAAUGGGCAUCAGCAAAGUGCCAGGGAGGGGGAGGAAGAGCCAGGCCAGGGUAGGUUGUGUCUCUGUUGCAGGAAUAGGAUGAUAUUUAUCCCCUGGGCAUCAGUUCCUCCCAUCUCUUUCAUGAUGGGAGGCCAGUGCCUGUUUUGUCUGAGGCUUAAUAAAAGUGACCCUCCUCCUACAUUUCUUUCAGGGUAAUAAAGUGGGAUGAACUAUUUAA